CACACGAUCGGCCUCAACCUGUAGACCUGUGUAAGAGAAGGAUAGAGCGAGGCAGCCGGGGAGGGGUAGCAACCGACAUAAUUACAACACAGAGCUGUGAAGUGUCUGUAGACUUAUCAACCCAGAGGGGAGACAUAUGUUACCUUGACUGUGCCCAGGUACCCUAUUCACACGAUACUAGACUUUUUAUUUUUUCCUCCCGUGGCGCUCAAAGGGAAGCGCAUGUUUUAUGGCAUUUGAGAAGUCUUCGCUGCGCUCUCAGGGUAGAAGAGGAGACAUUACGGCGCGAGUUAGCUAACGUUAGCUCGCUAACAAGCCAGAUGUCAUGGCUGUCUAGCAGGCUGCCAAAGAUCUCUUCAUGGAUCACAGAGGACAACAAAGAGAAACCGCUGCAUUUUCAAGCAUAGCCAAUCACUAAGGAAUCUGACUGUCAAGCAUAUCAUCAGAUUGACUUCAGUGCAUGUGGCCUCUUCAGUUGUUCAUAGACAUCUGUUGGGCAGCCCAAAGGCCUAUUGCUAUGCACUAUAAACGGAGAGACAUGAGCUGCGGGGAUGCUGGGGGGAGCAGGCUUAUUUCGUGCAGGACUAUCCCUCUGAUAAUGGGGCUUCUGGCGACCCUGACUCAGGGCACAGUACCAGAACAGCAAGAGACACUUGUGGAGAUGAUAUCUGUGGAACUAGAGGCAUCCAUGCAGUCCUCUGUGCUCUCUGAGCUCAACGCUGCAGCAUCCUUAGUUGGUGAAGGGCCGCCCACAGCUGUCCCAGAUUCCUCUGCAAAGAAUGAGGGAGUGCACACCAGUAUCCCUGACUCCUCAGCAACUGUGGGCCAGGUGUUCCAGUUGAAGGUACCACCAGGACGUGCCCAUGCAGGCUGCAGUGUGCAGCUCACCGAGAUGGGAAGGGAGACUUUACCCUCCUGGCUAUACUGGGACAGAGAGAGCUGCAUUCUCAGAGGUUUGGCUCUGGAGCAAGAUAAAGGUGUAUAUCAUAUCAUGGUGUCAGGUGAGGAGCAAAGUCAGAAGACUAGUAGCCAAGUAUUCCCCAGUACAGUCUUCUCUAUUGAAGUAUACCCAGAAGAACGAGCAGAUACUGAGCCACCCCUAAUCACACUUCAGUCUGAUAUUGGUGGCCUGCAGCCUUUCACCUGUGGCUCUGAGGAGCCUGUCACUGUCCUUACUGUCAUCUUGGAUGCUGACUUGACAAAGAUGGUUGCUGAACAGAGGGCCAGCUUACUGGGCAAUAUGAGGAAAUUCUCUCAUGUGCCACUGGAACACAUGAGGGUGGUCCCUGUUGUCAACAACCGCUUAUUUGACAUGUCUGCUUUCAUGGCUGGACCAGGAAAUGCAAAGAAAGUGGUGGAAAACGGCGCCCUACUGUCAUGGAAAGUUGGAUGUGCUCUUGAUCAGGGCAGCGUUCCUGACAUUAGCAGUGUCCAAUCCUCAGCAAAGGAUGGGACUAUGUCAGCUAGGCUGGGCUAUCCAGUGGUUGGCUGGCACAUUGUUAAUAAAAAGCCCCAGGGAGUCAGACGGGUCAGGCGGCAGUUGUACAAUACUCCUACUCCAGUGCCCUCCCUGCUUCCUCCAACUAUUAACCAAGAGCCAUAUUCACGUGUUAUUCCCACUCCAACAUCACCCUCUAUCGCCCCAGCAACUGAUAAUUCUGCUCCACCUGUCAGAGGCCCUUUGCCCCUUCCAGUCAAGCCUACCAUGAGGGUCAGGGAUCAGAUAGCUCACACACCUGUCUUUGGACCUCCCCAACCCACCAGAAUACUAGGAACUACAAGCACUAUCCCCAUUCAACCUACCAUGACCCGGCCUACUUUUGUGGAAGCUACUGCAGUGCCAACACCACCAAGCACCACUAAAAAACCCAAGCCCUCUUCCACAAAAAAACCUAAGAAACCCAAAACCUCGACUCCAGCUCCCCGAGAACCGAAUUCCACAACUCCUAAGCCACCUAGGCGCACAACAGCUCUCUCUCUUGCUCCGGACUCUAAUACAACUCCAGAGAUCCGCAACCCCAUUGAUCAGGUGACUGCAUGGGUGGGAACAUACUUUGAGGUUAAGAUUGCUGCUGAUGCAUUUUAUGACCGAGAGGAUGGUACUACUGAUAAGCUGCGUUUGACUUUAAAGAAGACACCCAAAGAACCAGUAACUGAAACAUCUUGGAUCCAGUUCAACAGCACUAUCCAGCUUUUGUAUGGCCUUCCAGAGGAGCAACAUGAGGGGAAUCAUGAGUAUUUCAUGUUAGCCACUGACAAAGGGGGGAAGAGUAUCAUGGAUGCGUUUGAGGUUAGAGUCCAUCGCUGGUCUAAUAAUAACAAACCUUCAGUAAUGUUUGCUGCUCGUUUUCAUGGUGACCCCAACACUUUAAGCAAUGAUGUACAUAAAAAGAUUCUUUUGACUAAGAAGUUGGCUUACGCCCUGGGAGAUCGGAACAGCAGCACAGUGACCUUAAGAAGCAUCACUAGGGGCUCAAUUGUUGUGGAAUGGACCAAUAACAGUCUCCAGCAGAGUCCUUGUCCAAAGGACCAGAUCACAAUUCUCAGCAACAGGAUUGCUGAUCCCCAAGGAACCCCUAAAGCGGUCUUUAUCAAAGCCAUGGAGCCUGAAUUCAAACCCAUUAACAUCUCAGUUCGUGGCACCAAUAAAUGCCAACAAUACACAUUCAUUCCACCAGGAGAGGUGCCAAUGCCUGAGCUUCCUACAGCUACGCCUUCACCUGAUCCAAUUAAGGGCACUGAUGACGUUUACCUGCACACUGUCAUUCCUGCUGUAGUAGUAGCUGCCCUGCUGCUCAUCGCUGGAAUCAUUGCUAUGGUUUGUUACCGCAAGAAGCGUAAGGGGAAGAUGACCAUAGAGGAGCAAGCAACUUUCAUCAAGAAGGGCGUUCCAAUAAUAUUUGCAGAUGAGUUGGAUGAUUCAAAGUCACCACCGUCCUCCAGCAUUCCUCUUAUCCUCCAGGAGGAAAAGCCCCCACUUCCUCCUCCAGAAUACCCAAACAUGUCUGGCCCUCACAGCACCCUGCUAAACCAGGAUCUGUUGGAGGAAUAUUCAGUUUAUCAAGAUGAUGAUCCUAAUGCCCCACCUUACCAGCCUCCCCCACCAUUUACUGUGCCCAUAGAGGGCAAAGGCUCCCGCCCUAAGAACAUGACCGCGUACAGGUCACCUCCUCCCUAUGUGCCUCCCUAACACACACCAGGGGCUUUGAGUUUUGAAAGCAGGUGCAAUCUAGGGAUGCUUGUCGAAUUACUACAGGAGUAAUUUUACAUGUUUAAUGAAAUGGCUUUGACUUUAUAGAGAAGCAGGCAACCAUAAUCAUAUAUCUCACCAACAUGGAUAAGACAAUACAUCAUACAAUUCAACUACAGGCACAGGGCGAAUGGAUGGAAAACUGUUUAAUUUUUCUUUGUCCUUCAGAUCUGCUUUUGACUUCUUACAUAUUUUUUUUUGUCUGUUCUUGCCAAGAGGAGUCAAUUUUAUCUUCAAUGAUGUACUAUUUCUAUUGUAUAGAAAAUAAUAAAGAAGCAGGAAAAAAUGAAGCCCACAGGGCCGUUGAGCAGAUGUCACCAUGACAACAGACUUGAGGCUCUUCCUCACAAUGUUAAUCUUUAUGAGUUCUAUAUCACUCUUAUCUGUCUUUUCGGCUAGGUUUACUAAGAUUUUGCACCUGUUAUUUCUAGAGGGGAAUGAAAUCCAUAAUGCCAAACUGAAAGCAUGAAACAUUUUAUUUACACAAAAAAUUAGUUUGUUUCUUAGACAUGAGUCUUUCCCUGUUCUCUUCUAUGCUUUUUGCCUCCCUCUCGACAAUAACAUGCAAAUGUUGCACUUAUGCAAAUUCUUGUUAAACCUUGCACUAUGUGUCUUGCGCAGAACCGAAAGCAUUACGUGGUGGUCGAAUGAGGAAGAGAGGAAAAAAAAAAAAAAUCCUUGAACUCAUUACAUGACUGAAAUUCCUCUGGUACUAGAUCACAAAAGAACAUUACACUGAUCACGCCUGUUGUAGCUGUAGCCUAAUUAAGUUACAAAACAAAUGAUUUUAUUUUAUUUUUGUUCAUCUGUGCCACUGAAUCUGCCUGUGAGAUGUCUGCGGUCACGAGGCAAACCUUGUAGGGAUGCUGGAAAGAUAACAAAGGGGCCAUAGGAAUGCUGUGCUUUAGAACAGUAUGAGAAAUGGAGACGUACCCGAUGAGUUGGAUCCACCGUCUUAUAUUCAGUUGGUUUUGUUGGUGUGGGGGCGGGUGGGUGUAAGAGUACUGUAUUAUCACUGCUCUGCCUCUAGGUGUUGCACUGUUAUGCUUAGUGCACUGCCUGUUGUCAGUUCAGAUGAGGCAUGGGGACAAGGGGAUGUACAUAAUUGUGUGCCUGUGAAAUUAAACCACUCCAUAAUGUCAGUGUUUUAUCAGUAAACCUAGUUGGGGGGGAGGGGGCAGAUUGGGAAAUUAUUUUAUUUUUUAAUUGUAUGUCUAGAUUUAUGAUCACAAUCAUAAAAAAAGACUUUAUAGUUUGUGAGGGUAUAAAAUGUUUACCUGCCCAUCACAAAAGAAAUUCUCAAUAUGAUGGGGGAUCAAAGAAACCACUAUAAUAUGUGAAUUAUGUACAUUUCAUAUCUGAUAUCACCAUAAGAAAAAAUGGUUAAAAAUCUAAUGUUUUUACUGAGUUUUUGAUACAGUCUUAAACUUGUUUUAUGAAAAUAUAUUAAUAAAAUGUAAUACUAUUUGUAAAGCCUCAAA